CCAACCUGAACCCCAUCUGCCGCCGCUGGCCUCAUCGCGGCAAGACACACAGUCGGAGCACCAGCCGAGGCCUUUUCCGGCUCUGUUGGCCCCGUUGAUUUUCUGGCUUUUGGUUUUUUUUCCCUAGUUCUUUGUUUUGGUUUAAGGUUUAAGCUUUAAGCAGUCAUUUUGCGGUUCUGGUUUCAAUGCAAGCUCCGCCGCUCCGCUUUGGGUGACGCUGCGCUGGCCGAGGAAGCAGUCCCCUCUGCAUUCCACAUCCCGGGCCGGCUCGCGGGGCAGGAUGUCAUCUCCAGCUGUGUUGUCCAGCUAUUUGAGCGCUCUUCCGCCGAGACCGCCAACACCGCCGCGCGAGGCACACCUUGAGGCUGUUGCACCCAACCGACAGUCGCUGCCCUUCGUCGAUUCCCGAUCGAGCGUGCACACUCCGCCUGGACUCCAAUCACCUGCAUCCUCCGACGCAACAACUUCGACCUCACGGCGGGCUCGGAAAAAGGUUGGGUUCUCGGCCCAGGCGGAAUACAAAGACCCGCCCGUGUAUCCUGAUGGCGAGGGAGUGAUACAGCAUCCAACCCCCGUGUCCCUGCCUCGAAGCGCUUCAAAGCCCGUCAAGUCAAUCCUCAAAGUCACUGCUAAUCCACAGAACCUUCUCGACCCGACGGCCGGGAACGACUGCGAUCUCUCAAACCCCCAGAUCAGCGUGGCCGCCAUGUUAGAAUCCACGCUUCAGCAGCUGGCUGGGGGCGAUCGCGACUCGAAGCUGGACGCUUACCUUAUGCUGACGCGAGCAUGGAAAGCUUCCAACAACCUUCCCGACAGGGUGGCGCUUCAAGAAAAGAUGACCCUCUUCACCCAGUUUAUGCAGCGAGACAUCGUGGCAAAGACUCCCGAAGGCAGCCUCGACUCAUCCCUUGUCAACCAUGCGUUGAAUCUGCUCAACACGUUCCUCCACUUCCCUGCUAUUUCCUCGACUAUCUCCAAUGACUUUGGCGUCUUCAUCAUCGACCAUUGCAUCCAUUCGUUUGAGGAUGCAUCUACCCCAAAAGACACUGCCCGUCGCCUCAUGCAAGUCAUUUCUCUGCAGAACUUCUCUCCGAAAGUCAUGACUGCGGACAGGGUGGGAAGGCUUGUCUCGUCGCUGCACAAUAUCGAGGAGCACCUGAAGGGGAAAAGCAUCAUCUUGUCACGAGUGCUGAUCUACCGUAAACUGGUCCAGCAAUCUCGACAGCUCAUGAUCAUCCAUGCAGACUGGCUGCUCGACAUGUUUACGGAUAUGCUCAGCAACCUCAGGGACAUCCGGUCAGCCGCCAUCGCAUUGGGCUUAGAAGCAGCCUUCAGUAUCGGCCACGAAAAGCAGCUUUCGCGGAAGGUCAUGGAGGUCUUCAAUCUCUCCUACGAGGAUAAGCGAUAUAUCCAGUACUACGAGGAGAAGCUCAAGACAAUGACCAAGGACAAGUACGAAUCUGCCGUUGUCCCUCACAUAUGGAGCGUUGUCAUUCUUCUCCUCCGCAUACGGCUCGACAAGUGGGAAUUCGCCGGUCCGUGGCUCCAUAUCAUCCAGAAUUGUUUCAACAGCAGCGACUUUCCAACCAAGAUCGCAGCCAACCAUGCAUGGGCCCGCUUCGUCUACCUUAUGCACCUUGAAGAGCGAGCAUUGCCGAAAAAUCUUUCGACCCUGACCACCCCCCUCAUCAGCCAGCUGAGAAGGAGAGGCUCUGGGAAGACAUCAGAGGAGUUGAGGCAGGCAGUCUUGGGAGGCAUUUGCAACCUGUUCUACUACGCCUUCAAGCCAAACACGAGCUCAACGCUCCUGGACACGUACUGGGAUACAAGCGUCCGGCCCGUGCUAACAAAGCUGCUCGAUCCCGCCGCUGAAGCUGCCGACGAUAACCUCCGCCAAGCCAGCCUCAUUCUCGGGGGCUUGUUCGACUGCACGACACCCCGAAGAUGGAGAGUGGACCACAUCGUGGAGUCUCCGCUUGUGAAACCAGACGAACUUCCACCUAUAGAGUCAAAAUGGAUUAGGCAGAAUACCAAUAGGGUGUUCGGCGUUAUCGAACCCAUUCUGGAACAGGACUUUUUUGCACUAUCCGAGGCGGACAGCGCGACCUACAAGCUUUGGCGGAGCUUGGUCUCGACCGUCGCCUCGGCAGCCGCCAAGGAGAUCAAAGUUUCGAAGGACACAGCUUCCUUCGUCGGAGUGGCGCUCAACACAUUACACAAAGUCUGGAAGCGGGGCGUGUCGGAGCAAGAAGGGACGGGAGGCAACGUGACGAGAUUCCUCAUCUCUGCCCGAGCCUACUUGGACGCCAUGAUUAGCUUGCUGGGUCCUCUCCCCUUCACGGAGAAGGCCGGGAAGCAUCAAGCGUCUGCCAAGGCGCCGCUCUACACGCUCUUCUCGAUGCUGUCAACACUACCCCCAGGGGUUCCCGACGAGAGGGAUUAUGCGGACUUUUUCGGCUCCGUGUUUGCUCCGUUUUUUGCCUCCAAAGGAGACAGGGCAAAGAUGGAGCUUGCCCAGGACUUGAUGUCGGUCAUACCUAUGGACGCACCUCGGCCUUAUGGACCCUGGCUGUUGGUGGCUGAGAACAUCUCGAGCUGGCUUGAGCCUGUCCACAACAGCCAUCAUUCUACCGGUUCUGUGGGAGAGACACCAGUAGGGCAUGACUACCGCGAUGUCGUCAAGGUCCUCGAGCGCGGCAUCAGGUCCACGCCCAACCUCCCACCGAAGCAUUGGAUGUCUUUUUUUCAUACAGUUCAUGGGCGAGUGCGUGAGGAGACUGGAGACGCGGGCGCGGCCAUUGUGGUCAUCGAGCCAUUGGCCAAAGUUUUGGCUGAACAGUCCGCAGCUCAAGAGUGUUCAAGCGCACCGCUCAGCCGCGUUGCAAUCGUGACUGAGCUGGUCUCUGUCGCGACGCAGCCGCGCGAUAGGCAAGCUGUCGAUGCCGCCAGGAAACGGCUCUGGGGUACGGUUUUCGCUGGGUCUCGCUCCUCUUCCUUUGACCCCUUCGACAACCUCUACAAAGCUGUCAGCGACGCCCUGGAAUCGUUGUACGACAACUUCGGCGCUGUCAAUGUCGACUCUACCGUUCAGCUUUUCAAGGAGAUCGGAAGCUUCUUCGACAGAUGCAACCGCCAACUAUUCCUGAGGGCGAUGAUGGCUCUACAAGACGGCCUCCUUCCUUGGAUCCAGGACGACAGACGACUACUUGGCAGCCAGGCCAACUCCGUCUUUGCCUCUGUGAAAUCGCUGUGGGAUAAGCUUGCCCGCCUGAUUGGCGAUGUAGACCAUCCCGAACAACAGCUACAAUGCCUUGACCGGUUCUUCCGGGCCUCGUUCGCCUCUUGCCACCGAGUCAUUGUGAAUUCUGCCAUCUCGUUGUGGAAUGGGCUGUUCGAGAAUGUCGGACAGCUAGACUACCCUGAGGAACUGAAAGCCGCCCUUGCCAAAAUCCAGCCUCAUGCCGACAUUGUUCUCCCGGGAAUGGAGACAUCCAGCUCCGAGUAUGCUGGCCAGCGGCUGUCCUUCAUUGACUCGUUUGAGGAUUUCAGUUUCUCUGAAUUGCCUUCCACACGAUCCAGCAACCGGAGGGGGACUUCGCGGCCGACCUCGUCACAUUCCAAAUCGCCAGAAGUGCCUCCCCAAACAGAGCCUGCUGCAAGCGAUCGUCGGACCACGACCCCCCGCACCAAGCAUGAUGACUCUCAGGUUCAUUUCGCGACGAUUGAGCCCUCUUCUGAGCUGGACAGCCCUGCUGCCUCCCAAAUCUUAACGGAGCGGCAAAAGGAAGUCCGCGAGCGGCAGAGGGAAACCGCAGCUCUCUUUCCCCACAUCCGGUCAAGCCCGGGCCCGAAGGCAGCAAAGGAUCCCGACCAUCAGAUGCUCCCAGUGGGUCUUCAGAUGCGGCAUGCCACCCCUGAGCCCGAGGCUCGGUUUGACGACUAUGUCUCCUCAACACCGACUCCUCGGCGCGGCCAAUUGGUGGUCAUGCCGGAACAUGACAUGACCGACCCGCCCUCGUCGCCUCCAGAGUUGAGAGGAAAUCCGCUGGCAGCGGAGAUAAGAUCGAGGUCGGCCAGUCACAGUCUGCUCGAGGAAUGGCAGUUUUCUUCCUCUCCAGUCUCGGGGUCGCCAAAUCCGGGCCGUCACGGUGUCGUUCCUGAUCCAUCCAGCCAGCGAGGCUACGUCAGUGUGGUGUCUUUACCCGAGGUGCCCAGCAGCCCCGCAAAGGAGGAAGAGGACAAGACGGCAUCGCAGUCCACUGGGGACGAGGUGGUCGAGGAUAGCAUGAUUUUCGAGCCUGCCAAUGCGGCUGCGGCCCCAGCACCAUGGGGGACUCUGGCGGGAGCGAAUCCCUCAACGCCACGACGAUCAACUCGCCUCUCCCAGGCCAGAGCUCGAGAAACACCUACUCCCAAAUCUGACGGUGAGGAGUUCGUGGACGCGCCGACCAGUCCACCACCGCCGACACCUAAGCCGUCAGUGAGAACCGGGGAGGCAAAUCAAGAGUCUGACGGUAAGCAAGCGCUCGUUAUACCAGCGGAUAACACCUCGUUCGAUAUUAGCGAUGUCGACGAAAGCAGUCUAUUCAGGCUGGUAGUCGAGCUGGACUCUGGUAAGGCUGACCGCUCAGAGUACCACCGACCAUCGCCUUCUGUGUCUCCCGACGGCAAGGCGCAGAGUCCGCCUGUCGUUGACUGCAUUGUUGUCGGGGAGAGCCCGCAGAAGUCAGAAGCACCUCCGCCUUUAAGGAAAACCAGAGCAAGCUCGGCGGCGUCCGCAAUAUCAUCUCACGCCGAGGCCCAAAACAUGACGAGUUCGCAGCCAAGGGCGCGUGUUGGGCGUCCAAAGCGGAAGAGAGCAACCUCAAAGGCCCAGGAGACGGGCGCCAAGAGGCAGCGUCACGAUCCGGCUGAGGAGAGUAGAGAGGUUCCGCAUAUCCAGGAGACGCCCGUUUUGGACAUGGCCGUGGAGGUUCAAGGGUCGGCUGAAGCGCCCGAAGUGUCGACAGGACUCUCGGGGAACAUGGAGAAGGAGGACAUCCCCGAGGAGCGGAUCCCUAGCUCUUCCGCCGAGCCUUCCAGCUCUGAACAUCCGAGCCAGGAGAGCGGUCCUCAGAAGCCUACCGUUCCUCGAACCGGCAAGGGCAUGCAGUUUGAAGAAGAAGACGAUCAGGAUGUGCAGUCUCAGAUUGCACACGAGUCGAGCCAGCAUCAAGAGGAAGGGGCGAGUGCGAGAUCGGGAGAGGCAUUCGCCAUACCGAUCUCAGCCGUGGAGCAGAUGCAAGUUGAUGAUCAACAACCCAUCAACACAAAUCAAGAGGAAGACGCCAAGGUCGUCAGCGAGGGGGAAGAGGGUGUGUCGAAUGUGGAAAGGGGCGCAGCGCCAGAGCCGACCCAAGCGCAAAAGAUCAUGGACCUCUUCCGGAGUGGGCUUGAUGAGCUGCGGUCUGCGCGGCUGUCAAGGGAGCAGGUCUACCAGAUCGAGGAUAUGUUUAUGGAUAUGAGGAGGGAGCUGUACGAAGCGGAGAGGCGCGGGAGAGGAUAAGUAAUCACACUUGCAUGGUUAAUGGCGUUUAUGAAUGGUCUGAUGUAAUUGGGCCUGGUUGUUUGUUUUGGUGUUGGGUCUUAUCAGCAUUUGUAUUUGCCUGCGAAGAAGGAAGCCACGGGGUUGUUAUUAGAAAUUCGAAGGGAGGAGACAAAAUACCUCGGGCAGCGGUCCAACAAGACCGGCCAGCGAGCAUUAUGAGUCUGACAGACCGCAAGAAUUGCCUCAAAG